CUUUGUGAAUAAAAAAAAUAAAAUAAGAGAAGAAAUUCGAUGAAAAAUUGGGUAGAAAUUAUAGUGUAGAUAGUGUUUGUGGGGAAAGAGAGAGAGAAUAAGAAGAGAAUGGAAGCCCUGCAGCCAUUGAAGCAACUUAUCCACUUUGCCUCUUUUACUUCUCUCAGAUUUCGACCUUCUUCUUCUUUCUUCAUUGUUCGUUGUUGUUCUUCAACUACAGCUGAACUCACCGGUAGAGCCGGCGGCGGCGGUCGCAACCGUAGGUCCUCUUCCGGCACCUCUACUUCCACUUCAGAUAAAGAAGCUAUUCGUGCUAUUCGUAUCAAGAAGGUGGAAGAAUUGAGAAGCAAUGGCUUGGAACCCUAUGCGUACAAGUGGGAUCGGACUCACAAUGCCAGUCAACUGCAAGAAAUUUAUAAGAAUCUGGGAAAUGGUGAAGAGUCAAACAGCGAAAAUGAUUAUGUUUCUAUAUCAGGAAGAAUAGUGGCUCGCAGGGCUUUUGGAAAGCUCGCUUUUUUAACUUUGAGAGAUGAUUCUGGCAUGAUUCAGCUUUAUUGUGAGAAGGAAAGGCUUGUAGGUGAUCAAUUUGAGCAAUUGAAGACUCUUGUUGAUAUUGGUGAUAUAUUGGGCGCAAAUGGUUCAAUCAAGCGCACAGAGAAAGGGGAGCUAUCUGUGUGCGUGAACUCAUUCUCAAUUCUCACGAAGUCAUUGCUUCCAUUGCCGGACAAAUAUCAUGGCUUAACAGAUAUAGACAAGCGCUAUCGACAGCGGUAUGUAGACAUGAUUGCAAAUCCCGAGGUGGCUGAUACCUUCCGCAAGAGGGCAAAGAUUGUAUCAGAAAUACGUCAGUCAGUGGAAUCUUUUGGCUUUGUGGAAGUUGAAACACCUGUUCUUCAGGGAGCAGCUGGUGGUGCAGAAGCUAGGCCGUUUAUUACAUUUCAUAAUUCUCUUGGAAGGGAUCUUUAUUUGAGAAUUGCAACAGAGCUUCAUUUGAAGAGAAUGCUGGUUGGGGGAUUCGAAAAAGUUUAUGAAAUUGGCCGUAUAUUCCGUAAUGAAGGCAUUUCAACUCGUCAUAAUCCUGAAUUCACCACCAUUGAGAUGUAUGAAGCAUACUCUGACUAUGAAAGCAUGAUGAAUAUGGCAGAAGAGAUUGUUACACGAUGUGCCCUUGCAGUUAAUGGGAAGCUUAAAAUUGAUUACCAGGGUGUGGGGAUCUGCUUGGAAAGACCUUGGAGGAGGGAAACAAUGCAUAAUCUUGUGCGAGAAGCUACAGGGAUUGAUUUUAAAAGCUUCGGUGACGAUCUUGAAGCUGCUAAAGAACAUACUCGUAAAGCAAUUGAUAUUCUUGGUGAUGAUCUGGAUAAGAGUUCAAUUGAAGCAUGCUCUUCUGUUGGCCAUUUGCUUAAUGAGGUCUUUGAGAUGGUAGUAGAACCAAAGCUUCUACAACCGACUUUUGUCUUGGACUAUCCUAUUGAAAUAUCUCCACUGGCCAAACCACAUAGAAGACAUUCAGGCUUAACUGAGAGAUUCGAGCUAUUCAUUUGUGGUCGUGAGAUGGCGAAUGCCUUCUCAGAAUUAACUGAUCCUCUGGACCAGAGGAGACGCUUGGAAGAGCAAGUGAGGCAGCAUAAUGAGAAAAAAACAGCAUCAGGUUUAAAUAAGGCUGGUGCCAAGGAACAAGAGAACAAAGAUGAUGAUGAUGACUCGUAUGAAGUAACUCUUGACGAAGAUUUCCUCACAGCUUUGGAAUACGGAAUGCCUCCAGCUUCUGGAAUGGGACUUGGCAUUGACAGGCUAGUAAUGCUUUUGACAGACUCACCUAGCAUCCGCGAUGUUAUUGCUUUCCCAGUCCUCAAGAUUCAACAGUAACUCUUCACGAAGAGUUGCUUAUUACACAAUUUCACCAAUUUUGACCCCAGGAUUGCUGCCUUUAUUACCUGAGAAAGUCAAGUUUGAGCAAAAAAUUCAAUAAUAGAUCAUUUUUUUUCGCGAAUAUAUAUAUAUAAGUGCUGUUCACAUCAUUUUUGUGAUUUUUGUAGUUCUAAUAACAGGACAUUGUCAUUUGAACUGUACCUAAAGGUUUAAGUCGACUCUAACGUGAUAAGUGUUAAGCACAAUACAUUUGUUGGUUUUAUAUAUUUAGCUUGGCAGAUUCUUGUAAAAGAUACAUCAUAUCUAAUGGAAGAAAAAACUACAGCCAA